CGGAAACAUCAUGGAUGCAACGCAGUUGAUUAUUGGUCCUACAAUUACGUCUUUGCUCGGGGGAAUCGCUCUGAUAUUGCUUCUCUAUUGGUAUUCAACAAGAAACCAUCAUUACUGGAAGAAAAGAAACGUUCCUUUCGUUCCGCCGCUACCACUGUUUGGAACAGUCUUGGAUUUGAUGUUAAAGCCUCUUCAUGAAACUGAACUCAACAGAUACAGAAAAUACGGACAAAUUUAUGGUCACUAUGAAGGGACAAAUCCAGUUUUAUCUAUAGCUGAUCCAGUGCUAAUAAAAAAAAUAUUGGUGAAAGAUUUUCUCUCCUUUCCAAAUCGCAGGACUUUUCAAUUAGGAGACUCAAUAAUGGAGAACAAUCUUGUAUCACUUCAAGGCGAAGAUUGGAAAAGGGUUCGGUCAAUCAUGUCUCCUACUUUUACCACAGGGAAAUUAAAGAAGAUAUUCAGUAUUAUCAUGGAUAGUACUGAAACUUGCUUGAAUAAUUACAAGAAAUAUGCAAAAUCUGGAGAACCAGUAGAUUUAAAGAAAAUUUACUCAGCUUUUACCAUGGACCUCAUAGCGAGUUCUGCUUUUUCUACCAAGCUUGAUUCCUACAGUGAUCCAAAUAAUAAGUUUGUAACAGCAGCACGUCACAUCCUACAAGGUCUCAACUGUAGAUUACUUUUUUUUCUAGUUUUAUUCCAAAGGUUGUGCUUGCUAUUUGGAUUCAGCGCUCUUUCACCAAAAGGCAUGAACUUCUUCAAAACUUUAGUGCUCGAAAUCGUUGAAGAGCGAAAAAAUACAGCGAAAGUAAGAAACGAUUUCCUUCAACUAAUGAUGAAUGCUGUAAAAGAAAAUGAAGAAAAACAGGCCUCUGAUGAACUAGAAUCUGAAGAUCUCACAGAAAUCUAUGAAAAUGUAAAUGAAGAUAGGGAAGUGUUGAAAACCGUUGAGAAAAAAACCUUAUCCAAUAACGAACUCAUUGCGCAAUGCAUUAUCUUUCUUCUCGCUGGACACGAAACAACAUCUUCCGCACUGUCUUUUGCUACAUACCUUUUGACUAUCAAUCCAGACACCCAAGAAAAACUCUUUUUGGAAGUAAAAGAAACGCUGAGUUCAACAUGUGGAGAAAUUACUUAUGAAGCUAUACAAAAUAUGAAAUAUCUCGAUUGCGUUAUCUCUGAAACUCUAAGGUUAUUUUCUCCUGCUGUAAGGUUUGAAAGAGUAGCUGCUGAAGAUUAUGAUUUAGGCGUUAUGGGCAUUAAAAUUCCGAAGGGUAUGCUCGUAACCAUUCCUGCCUAUGCUGUGCACAAAGAUCCAAAAUAUUUUCCUGACCCAGAAAAAUUUGAUCCCGAUCGCUUCAGCCCGGAGGAACGAGCAAAAAGAGACCCGAAUGUUUACAUGCCAUUCGGAAUGGGCCCUAGGAACUGUGUUGGAAUGAGAUUUGCUCUCUUGGUAACCAAGAUCAGUCUUGCCAUCGUCAUCAAGAACUUUAGGAUUGUGCGAUGUUCGGAGACAAAAGUUCCCAUAGAAUUUGCUCCAGGUACACAAGGAAUGAGCCCAAAAGAAGUCAAAGUGAAGAUAGAGAUCAGAGAAGACAAUAUAAGAGCAACAGAAUAAGAAUGUUCAUGAAAGUUCAAGAAAAGUUUUAAUGCAAACAUCCCAUUACCAACAGUAAAGUGUGACUAUUUCAAUAAAAUAAAAAGUAAAUUUGAGAAUGAAAUGUAAUUUUUUAGUUUAAACCCUACCUGUUAUUCAUUAUUUAUACAUAUUUUGCGUGUGUCAUUGGCUUCUUGACAAACUGUAGUUUUUCAUCUAUAUAAAUAAAUCUAAAAGUA